UAAAGAUGAACCUGUCAAGUUUAAUAUUGACGUUUUUGGUUAUUGGUACAUCAUGUGCUAUUAGUAUGGAUAUGAAGGUUGCUAAUGUGAGGAAUACUUCUUAUUUUACUAAUGGAGAUCCCAAGGACUGUGAUGUAGCUGUUAGUAAUACAAUAAUUGGGUUCUACUGAGCUGAACAAAAGUACCUAUUUUUUCACAAAAUUGAAAAUUUUUUGGAUGGCGAUCAUUCAACACAAGAAGUAUUUGAAAUAAACCCAGCUUACUCCCAUGCCAAUACUCAUAAAGGAAGUGGGGACUAUAUGGUUACUUCAGGCUUUGGACAAAACAAUAGUUUUACUUUGACCUCAAUUAAAGAUGGAAAAAUAUAUGCUCAGCCUUGGAGAGUUUCAGAUAGUAGACCUAUAAAUUUCGCAUUUGACGAUAAAUUGUUUGCAACCAUAAAUACGUAUAUCCCAAAUGGAAAAACGUAUUGGUAUGUAGGUCUCCUUCAUACAAAUCGAAUUUAUGCUCAUUACAGACAGAUUGAUGCUCCAAAAGGUUUAGCUUUGAGAGUCACUGACUCCUCCUAUAAUGCAAAUCUGUAUUUCACUUAUUAUGUGUCAAGUACUUCAGCACACCAAAUCUAUAAGAGGAGCAUUGAUUCAGAAUAUGAUUAUAGUGGAAGCCUUGUUUACACUUCAAUUGGAGAUAAUUGAGGGACUACUAUUGAAGUCAGUUCAGGAAUUGUUGCUAUAUCUUGCACAAGCUCCACUAGCUCAACUUCUUCAUUCAUUACUAUUCUCAAAGAAUCGGAUCUCUCCAUUAUCCACACUCAGACGUCCACUUCUAAUAGUUUCUCGAUUGCAACAAAGAUCCAAAUUGCAAGCUUUGAUCAAUAUCACCAAGUUUUUUAUAACUCAAUGAAGACGGCUUCUGGGACUCAUGGCCAGAUCAGUUUGCUUGAAGUGUUCUACAGCAAACGAAAUCCAUCGGAAUUCAAGACUCACUUGACCGAGAGUGCAAUCUCAGAUGAUACCUACAACUCAUUCGGAAAAUAUUUUAGUACUAUUUCUUCCGGAAGUGUAAACAAGUUUUACAUCUCGAGUUAUCUAAGCGAUACAAGCACAAGCGGAGUGCACGAGAUAGAAGUGGCCAACAUCUGCAGUCACCAGCAGACCUACUCUAGUAGCACGAAGCAGUGCCAAUCUGUGAGUUCUGGAUCUGUGUCUAUCGGCCUCCAAUCAACUUCGUCGAUGACUUGCUCAGCAAUUGAUGAUACAGUAUCUUAUAACCGACUUGUUGGUGAAUCUGUUUGCGAUUAUGGGUGCUCGAGCCUGCGGUUCGGAAAGAAUUGAGAGACUUGUUCCUCUUACAUGUCGAGGGUUGGAGAGACUGCUCCUUCUGGAUACACCUGGGAUGAUACAACAGCAAAUAAAUGCAAACUUAAAAGUGGUACUACAGGACUAGAGUAUUGUUCAGAAUACUCUCAAUGCUCUCAAUGUGUUUCUUCUGGCAGCUGAGAGUACUCUAAUUUUCAAUGUAAAUCAACAUCUCAGUCAAUUAGCACCGAUCCUGAAAACAUCUACACUCAAUGUUAUGACAACGGAGUGAAGGAGCAUUCUAUUUCUCAUUGCGGACCUUCGGUUAUCAACAUGAGAAAUUAUAAUUCUUCGUACAACGUAAUGCCACAAAAUGCUGCGAUUCCAAGAGGAGUUCUCUGCAGGUACAAACUCACUCUUGAUGAGUCGAUCACAGACACAUUCACAAUAGAAACUGACAGCUCUUCCACGAUAUCUUUUCAAAAAGUUAAAGAUGGUAGUACAACUAAUGUGAGCAAAAACACCAGAAGAAAUCUUGAUGAAAACGGAAGAAAUUUGAUUACAACCACUAGCACUUUUACUGUCAAUGGAGCUGAUUCUGUGAACGUUCUCUAUCUAACGAAUAGUGACUUGAGUAGUCCUUCUUUCUCUAUGUCAUCAGCAACAAACUACUACGCUGGGAGCUCUACUGCUUCUGAACCAGUGGUUGAAUCUAACACUACUCCUUCAGGGACUACAGAGAUCAAAAGUGAUUCUUCCAACACUGCCAGUAUGACUGGUCUGUUCAUUGCAGUAGGGCUCAUAGGCUUCCUAAUCAUCUUGAUUAUAGCAUGUGUUUGAGCAUGGAAAAUCUGUGGCAAGAAGACUCAUGUUAGAGUCAACAAUAAUGAUUCUAAUCAUAUUGAAAUUAAUGGGGACGUAAUCAAUGUUUUACCCAGAGAAGUCAUACAGAAGAUAGAGAAGUGAAGAGAAACUAGAUAUUCGUGCAAGGCUGAUACGUAUAAUCUAUCUAAUUGUGUGGUGUGCCUUGAUGACUUUAUGAAUGGAGUAUUAGUCAGGAUUGUCCCAAAAUGUAACCAUAUGUUCCAUUCAGAUUGCCUUACUGAGGUUCUGAGAUCUUCACAUAGAAAUAAACUGUACAGAUGUCCUCUAUGUAAUACAAAAAUUUAG